UGGCUUUUUGGAAUACACCCAUAGUUGUGACGUGAAUAUCAGAAGAAAGUUUUAUGUCGGCACUUUUUCUUGUCUCCUAAUUUUCUUCAACAUUUUGUGUGUUUUGGUGUCUGAAUUCUGUAAAAUAGUCCUGAACUGUUAUGUUCAACUCAACAUGUCGGUGAAAGUGGGCUGUCGUGAACCACAACCCACAGAAAAUUAGCAGGUUCUUCGUCCAUCUGGUUGCUUGUUGCUUUUUUCUGAGCUGCAGUCAUGUCGGAUCCUUACUGGGUCAAAACUGGUGGAUUGGGGGCACCUUAUUACAGCAUGGCACCACCGGCCCAUCAGCAAACUCAUCAGAUGUCCCAGCAACAAGUGCCGCCACAGCAACAGUUGCACAAUCAGCAAUUGCCUCCGCAGCAACCACAGCACCAUCAGCAGUAUCAGAACAUGAGCUGGAACAGUAACACCCCAAAGGCCUCUGUGGACUCUUGGGGUUCUUGGCAUAAUCAACCACAGGCACCUCCAUCAACUAAUAAUGCAGCACAGAACUAUACUUCAUACGAUUAUUCUCAUCAGCCUGUCCAUCCUACUCAAUCACAAGCGAAUGAUACUUGGAAUUGGGGUGUUGAAGAUACUUCCCCAGCUCCUGUCCAACAGCAACCAUCUCUUAACAACAACUUGGACCAGUCAUUCCAGAAUGAUACCUCAUGGAAUUGGUCUGUUGAUCAGACUACUUCUCCUCAAAAUGCUGCAAACUACUAUCAAAUGGGAUAUGGUGGUCAGCAUGGAUAUGUUGACCAGAAUCAAACAUCUGAAAACCAUUUGCCUGUGAAUGAGAAUCUAAGAUAUUCUGAUGGAAAUAUUGAACAGACUAUACAGCAUGACUUGUCCAAUGUAGGUCAGUUUACAAAAUUAGAGGAAGAGUUUAAGACUGAACCACCAGUAGGGAUUUCUGAAAGGUAUGAGGACCAACUUGAACCAGCUAUGAGUGAGACCAGUAAAAAUAGUAUGACACCUCAGUGGUCAAUUGAAAGUCAAGUCAGUCAAGAUUCAGAUGAUAUUUCCUCCAGCCUAGGACACACUGGAGGAAUUUCUCCUACAUCAACCAGUCAAGCUAAAUCUGAAGAUUCAGCUCAGCGUGGUUUUGGGUCUGCAAGUGAUGCUCAAAAUCUAUGGGAAGACACAGAAGAUGAUGAGGAUGCAAUCGAAAAAAAUUCUCUGCUGGACCACAUGCAAGAUUCAAAUACAGCUCAAGUGGACUCUCAUAGCAAUCUUAACCUUGAUGAAACCAUCAGUGCUUUAGAAAAUUUAAAUGUAACAUUAGAAACCUCCCAAACCUCCAAUGCACCUGCCCGUGAAUCUUCAUUACCUCCUUAUUCUAAUGUUCUUGGCUCAACUUCUGAUUCAUCUCUUGGAUCCUCUCUUCCUGGAAGCCAAUUUUCUAAUAUGUCGCCUAUAGGAGGACCAUUGAGUACCCAUCCUACUGGUCCUCCAGCUGGUAUGCCCCCAUCCUCUGGAGGUCCUCCAUCUGGAAUACCCCCAUCCUCUGGAGGUCCUCCAUCUGGAAUACCACCAUCAAGUAUGGCUCCUCCCACCCUAGUGGCAUCAGUUGGAGGAAAUCCUUAUUCGGUAAACCGGUCCGGCCUGAAUCACAAGUCAGCCAACAAAUUGUUUCCUAAUGCUACAAUGUCAAGGCAGCUGUUUGCACCUCCAUUACAAUCAGGCAAUGUUAUUGAAAAUAACAAAUCAAAUAGUGAAACUUUGGCUAAUAGCAAUUUGAUGGACAAUCAGCUUGGUCCUGUAGAAAAUAGAUCUCAGGAGCCUCCAGCUGGGCAGGAAACUGGCGGCUCUACAAUUCCAAGCUCUCAAACUCCACCUUUAUGGCAGGCUCAAGAAAACCACGACAUUGCCCCAAGAUUUGGUCUUGAUCGUAAUCAAUAUCUGGAAACUGGUCAACUUACUUCGCAAACAUCUGAAGAAGAAAAUGCUCCCCCUCCUGGCUUGCACAGACUUGUGACUGGACAAUUAACUGAACAAGACUCUCAGUUAGAGGUUUCAACCCCUCCCCCUGGACUCGAUCGUAUGGUACCAGGUCAAGUAACUGAGCGAGAAGGCUUGCGCAUGGUACCAGGCCGAAUGGAAGAUGAUGACGACGAUGACGAUGAUGAUGAUAUUGAUAGCAAUCUGCGUGGUUCAUCAAGGAAUGCAUCCCGUGUUCCUUCCCGAGAUCAAAAUACGGAGCAUGCUCCAAAUUUAAGACGCAUGAUUCCUGGCCAAACUGAUUCACAGGAGGAGGAUGAGGAAUUACCUAACAUUUCCAUAGGACCUGGUGAUCUUCCUCCUGGGCUCCACAGAAUGGUCCCUGGUGAGUCAAGCAGCCCUGAGUCUCUAGCUAAUCCCACAGGUGCUGCACAGAACAGCCAAAUUAUUUCCGCCUUCCAACCAAUUGAGCCUUGUGAGCAACGUGUUGUUACUGGUGUGUCAAUGGAAUCCAUGCCCCUACCAGUUUCUGCACCAGCACAGCAGGCUAUCAAACUAGAGCCAGUCAGUUCUUCCCCUGAGCAUGUUCAUUCAAGUAGAAACCCUGGAAGCGCUCAGCCGCCUAGUGAACGAAGUGAGACUAUAGGAUCAGAUGGAGUAGAUGACAAAACAGCUGAUAACACCACCAAGAAAAGUGACAGGCGGGCAAGGGAUGAUGUGGACAGUGAAGGUCGUGACCGUGACCGCGACCGUGAACGGGACGAUAGAGACCCCCGAGGUAGGGACUACUAUCGCAGGGAUCGCGAGGACGAGAGGGAACGCAGCUUGUCUCCAAGUGACAGCGGCAGCAACCGGUACCGUGACGACCGGGACCGUGAUCGUGAACGUGACCGUGACCGGCGUUACGACUCUCCAGAAGGGCCAUCCCGUUACCGGGCCGAUCGUGAUCGUACGACCAGAGAAAAAGAUGUAGAGUAUGAUUCAGAACGCCGGUAUCGGUCGUCAAAACGUGAUGGCCAGGUGGACAAAUCCAGAAGAGGAUACAACCGGGAAGAGGAUGAGGCUGAUAGUGAUGAGUAUGGAAGUGAGCGAGAAAACAGGAAGUGGAACCGUGAUAGAGAUGUCGACAGAGAUUUGGACAGAGAUCGAAACAGAGAUGCUGAUCGCGACAGAGACCGUGACAGGGACAGAUUCCGUGAACGUGACAGGUACCGCGAGGGGUACCGAGACAGGGACAGGGACCGUGAACGUGACCGCGACCGUGACCGAGGAGAUAGGUCAUAUGGAGAUGACUAUUAUCGGCGAGGAGAAAGGCGUGUGCGAGAUGAUCCUGAUAAAAGUCGGAGGAGUGGAGGCCGUCGUUCUGAUGACUUCCACGGCUAUGAUGAUGAGUACUACAGGGACAGGAGGUCAUCUAGGCCAUCAUCCAGAUCAGGUUCUGUUCAUGAAUACAGCCAUGCUUAUGAACGAGACUACAGAGAAAAUCGACAUGAUCGUUCAAGUGAUAGACAUGCUAAGCACAGUCAGCACAACUAUCCUGGUGGUUAUUACUACAAUCCUCAAGAAUAUUACCGAUAUCAAAUGUACUAUGCCAAUUUAAGAAAAACAGACCCAGAGGCUUAUGCAGCCUGGUAUAGGAAGUAUUACAGUCAGUAUGCUGCUUCUCAACCAGGGACAUAUGAAGAUCGUGGAAGUUUACACUCAGGCCGUAGCUCUGCCAAUGAAGAACUUAAUAAUCAAAGGUUUGACAGACAUAGAUCACCAAAUAGAUCUCAGACCUAUCAUCUCAAAAGUCCUCAAACUUCAAGCUCUAAUCGUUAUCAAAGCACUGAUAAUCCAUCACCAUUUUCACGGGAAAGUGGGCGGGGAGUUGGGCAUGGAGAAAGCUCUUUGGAUGAAACAAACUCUUCCAUUCAGAGGUUGACUCCAUUUAAAUUUUCAACAGCGCACAUAAAAGGCAUUUUGACAAGGCGAGGACAGUUGCUGAAAGUGCUUCCACACUAUCCUCUUGAUGGUCAAUCUGCAUCAAUAGAAGUCCAUAGUUUGCAGUCGUUGAUCCCACAGGAUGCAAGUCUACAGGAACUGCUUGCACUUCCUGGCCCACUUGUUCGAGGAGUUACUCACAAAAAGACAAUAAUAUUAUACUUGCGCUCAAAAAUGGAGGCUACUCGAACUGAUCCUUCAGUUUACGACCGACAAUCUGUCAUUCUUCUGUAUGAACUUCUUAUCCUGUUAUUAAAACAAAAUGGGAUGAUUGUGGGUACAGAUAUUGCGGAACUUCUGUUGCGCAACGGAGAAAGCUCAGAUGCCGAUGACAGUUGGUCCGCAUCAGGUGGGCCUGACCCACGUGCCCAAUCAACUCCGUCUCCUGCACCUAGCGGAGGAAGUCGUACAAGCUCAGCAAGUGCCACUCCUGCUGCUCAGUUUAUGAAUGUGUCUAUUAGUCAACAGUCAAAGCUUUCAGAAUCUGAAAUAACCAACAAAUUUCGAGAAUUCUUGCUCUAUGGAAAUACUAAGGAAGCUCUUGAAUGGGCCAUGAAGCAUGGUCUGUGGGGUCAUGCUCUUUUCCUUUCAUCCAAGCUUGAUCAGCGCAUGUACCACAGCGUAAUGACUCGUUUUGCCAAUGGCCUUGCCUUGACUGACCCUAUUCAAACACUGUACCAACUGUUAUCUGGCUGGCAGCCUGCUGCUGUGACUUGUGUUGCUGAUGAUAAAUGGGGUGAUUGGAGGCCACAUUUAGCUAUGAUACUUAGUAAUACUUCAUCUCGGCCUGAAAUUGAUCAUAAAGCUAUCAUGACCUUAGGAGAUACGCUAAGUACUCGAGGAUGUCUCCAUGCAGCUCACUUCUGCUACUUGAUGGCACAACAUCCAUUUGGAACUUUCUCUCAAAGAUCAUCAAAGUAUGUGCUUCUUGGGUCAUCUCAUCUCCGGCCCUUUACUGAAUUUGCUUCAACUGAGGCCAUAAUGAUUACAUCUAUCUAUGAGUAUGCUCGGUCCUUGGCUGAUCCUAGUUUUCAUGUUCCCAAUCUCCAACCCUACAAGUAUCUAAUGGCAACUAGGCUUGUUGAAGCCAAUAUGCUUCCUGAGGCAGUUCAUUACUGUGAAGUAAUGUCCAGACUUGUUGUUCAGAAUCCACAUCAGUAUGACUCAGGGUUCAUUCAUGAUAUUGCAGAACUUGGUGAAAGACUGAAGUUUCAUGACCCUUAUUAUUCUACUGGUGGUGACUUGAGUGCUCAAGGGAACCCUGACUGGCUUCUUCAAAUCAGUUCCAUAUCUAAUGAGGGCAAUGUUGAGGUCUCACACUCAAAUAUUGCUAAUUAUAAUGAAUCUUUCACAAGUGCAUCAUCUGGCAUGAUACAGAGUGAUUCUGUGCAUGAUCAAACCUUAACUAGCUCACAUUCCAUGGGCAAUUUUUCAUACAAUCAAGAACCAGCCCAUGAGCAAAUGUCUACAGAACAGCAGCAAGAGCAGUAUUCAUUAGAUCAGAUGCAACAAUCAAUACCUCAAACAGAGCAAAUUCAGCAGCAGCAGAUGUCCUAUUAUUAUGCAGAACAACAUACCUGGAGUGCUCAGGGAGGAGAGCAACCACAAGCAGUAGACCCCAGUUCUUACAGUGCAGAUGGAUACGGUCCAGUGGAGACUGAUCAAAGUGGCUGGUGGAGUGGACAGCAGGAAGAGAUGCCCAGUGUAAACACGGAGUCCCAUGCACCAGUUAUGUCAAGCCAAAAUAAUUUGGAGGCUUACGAGCAAGUUAUGUGGAUGUAAUGAAUCCUGGUGGGGUCAAGGCACCAGUGCCAAGUAGUAUGCCUCCACCAAAUGUAUUCCCUUCAUCUGGUAGCCAGCCAAGCUCUCUUAAUUACUUUGUCCCUGCUGCAGUAGAGGGAAUUGAAAAUGCACCAACUGACUUCCUUACUCCCGCCCCAACUGGUUCUGCUGAAUCUGCUCCUGAACAGCAACCUCUUUCUCGCUGGAGCUCUACAAGCUCUCUGUCUCGUGAAGUUCAGUCCUACACCAGCAGGCGACCCCCGAGCAGGAAUCAGGUACAAACUGGUCCUGCUGGUCCUCAGAUGUUCAACCCCGCUCAGUUUUCCCAACCAACAUUAACAAGUCAUUCUGCACGGAAACGUUAUGCUAACUAAUUAAUGUUUCUAUGCUGUGAGCUACAGAGGGUAGUUUAAAUGAAGGUAAAGUUUUAAUGUUUGUAAAAGCGCAAGAUAGGUUAACUCCUUUUUCAAGCAUGUCAUUUUACCCUUCUAAUUGUGAUACUUUAAAAACAUGUUGUUGUGAGUUUUAGAGUUUGUAUGUGAGUCUUUUUAUGUUCAUCUUAUCACAUUAGUUUGGGGGGAAAGUUUCUGUACAAUUAAGAAAUAUAAAUUUUGUUAAAUAAUAUCUAUGUGUACAUAGAUGCUGAAGAAUGAAUUUGUAAAAAAAAGUGUUGGACAUAUUUAUUUGAAGAACGAAAGGUGUUAUGUAUUUUAGUUCUUUAUAUUUUGACCCAGUUCUCCAUCAGAGGUAAUGCUCAACUAGACCGAAGAAUGAUUGGUCUUGUACUAUCUUGUUCAUUGAAAGUUUGUGCUGCUGGACAGUACAAGUACAGCAUGAAAGAUCUUUACAGAAGGAGCUUUUUCUGGAUGGUAAAUUUGUGAAGCAUCCCAUAUUGUUAGCCCACACUUUUGUUGUUGUAAUGACCAAACUUUAGGGGUUGUCUGCUCCAUGUACCGGUAUUUGCCAAUUGAGUUUGGCUGCCUCCUUGUGUACCGGGCUUGAUGAUCUGUAGAAGUUUGUCUUUGUUUAGACAUCAUUAAUUGUUUGCGAUGUUGUGGAGCUCACAUUCCCUAAUGGUAAGAUAAACGCACGGUUACCAAUGGUAUGAUAAAACCCAAGUAAGUAAACCCAUGUAUAUAAAAUGUUUGUAAAUAAUAACCUUUUCAAAGGAGUAUUCUUCUUUUAUUCUUUGGCAGAGUUGGCUUGAUUCUUCAUUUUCAACUGACUCCCUAUUACAUCCCCUAGCAGUUAAGUAGAAUAAUAUUGUCUUUUUAUCACUUGAUAGUAAGAAUCAUUGUGAUCAUUUUAUGUAUUUUAUUUUUCUGCAAAUACUAGAGCACAUGGUUUUCAUCUGAAGAUAAGUGUUUCUAGUUUUUUGUCAUGUAUUAUGGAUAAACUGUUUUCUAGAUAUGUUCAUUGAAAAGAUCUUUAAUAUCAAUCAUUAAUUUCUUCUUUCACAUAAACAUGCAAGAACAAUGUAUUCUUUUCAAUUGAAUGUUGCCAAGUAGACGCAUGAUCUAUUAGUGGAUAAUGCAUUAUAAAAAUCAUUGUUCUGUGUGGUAUGUUUUAAAAAUUUGCAAUGUCAAGAAACUACUCUACAUGUUUUACUAUAUUGAAAUUUUAUACUGUUGAUUUUGAGGUGUUUUAAUGAAGCUUGUGUUCUUUGUCAGUCUAGUAAUAGUACCAGUUGCAUUGUUUCAAGACUGACAACUGCAUGGUUCUAGUUAACUCAGGGUGCCAAACUUAAGCUCUAACCCUUUAUAUCUGAUUAGCUAUCUGAGAAAUCCAGACAAAUCAUAUAAAAUCAAACAUUAACAUUAAUGUUUCCCUGUCUAAGACAUCCUUGCAUUCUAGCACUGUAUUAUGUUUUCUGAUAGUUUUGAUUCUUGGUUAACAAAAGGCAUUUUUAAGAUCAGCUUCUGCCUUUUGUACAAAUAGGUAAUUCUUUUGGGUCCAGUACAGAGUUAAAAUGGCCAUUAAGGAGAGAGGCUUUAUUGUUGAAUGAAAUGAACAAUUUGCCUCUGUUAACCAUUUACAGUAAGUGUAGUCUUUUGGAAAAUUUGAACAUAGUCUUACAAAUAUUAUGUUGCAAUCAUGGUACUGAAUUUUCACCAAGAUGGAAAAGCAAAAGUAACUGAAAUCGAUGUUUAAAAUAAGCUCAAAGUUUGGGUGUGGUGCAGAGUGUAUUGUUAUAUGGUUUAAAGUUACACAUUUUAUUGAAAAAGAAGUGAAAUAUAAUUAUGUGUUCCUUCA